AUGAAAAUAGCCCACAGAGGUCCAGAUGCGUUUCGGUUUGAGAACGUCAAUGGAUUCACCAACUGCUGUUUUGGCUUCCACCGUCUUGCGAUUGUUGACCAGCUCUAUGGAAUGCAACCCAUACGGGUGAAGAAAUUCCCUUACUUGUGGCUGUGUUACAAUGGAGAAAUCUAUAACUUCAAAAAGGUAAACGACAACAACCACCUCAACACUUGCUUCAGUGAUCUCUUUAGAGCUAGCUUUGCAUGUUCAAAAUAUUUAUUUGUUGUUUUAACGAGUUUUUGCAAGCUGCUUUGGAAGGACUUGACCCGAAAUGCAGCAUAUAAAUAAAAAUUGUUUAUAAACAACAACCCCCCCCUCUGUUUGGGAAUUUGGGCUGGCCAUUUUAAGUAGUAGUAGUAGAAGAAGAAGAAGAAGAAGAGGAGUUUGGAUUUGAUAUCCUGCUUUAUCACUACCCGAAGGAGUCUCAAAGCGGCUGACAUUCUCCUUUCCCUUCCUCCCCCACAACAAACACUCUGUGAGGUGAGUGGGGCUGAGAGACUUCAGAGAAGUGUGACUAGCCCAAGGUCACCCAGCAGCUGCAUGUGGAGGAGCGGGGAAACAAACCCGGUUCACCAGAUUCUGAGUCCCCCACUCUUAACCACUACACCACACUUUACAGUAACUGUAAAGCGUUAGUACAGAAGCAUCACUCAUGUGAUGCAGCAGUUAGGGUGUUGGACUUGGACCUGGGAGACCAGAGUUUAAAUCCCCACUUAGUCAUGAAGCUCUGUAGUUGACCUUGGGCCAGUUAUCGUCUCUCAGUAACUGGGCUAUUAUGAGGGCAAAAUGGAAUGGCACGGGGCAGAAGAACCAUAUUUUCUGUCUUGAGCUUCUUGGAAGCAAGGUGGCAUACAAAUAUAAUAAUAAAUAAAAAUAUAAGUUUGUGCUACAAAGUUUUUUUUGUUUUGCUUUGGCUCCGUGUUUAAAAUGCUCAGUAAAAAUAUUUGAUAGGAUCCCCCCUUUUUAACCUUCAAGAGUGCACUUCUCUGAACGCAUUCAAAGCAUUUUGUCGUGAAAGGUGUAGGAUGAGGGAAAAGAACUUUAUCCCAAGCUUAAUUCAUGAGAUUGGAUAUUCUGAGACAGCAGCCCCUUAGUCUACUUUUUGAAUCAUUCAGAUGGUGAAGUUGCAUGCUGAAGAGACAACUGCACAUCUUUCCAGCACUUAUUGACAAAACUAAUCUAUGGCAUUUGAACGUUAAUGUAUAAUUGUUCCCUUUUUAGGAUGUAAAAAUGCCUUCCUUUCAUGUGUGCCUGACAAUAUGCAUUGGUUUCAUUCUUAAAAAAACCCAUUUCUUUCUCUUUUGUAGCUGCAAAAGAAGUUUGAAUUUGAUUACCAGACCUUGGUCGAUGGAGAAGUAAUCCUUCAUCUUUACAACAAGGGAGGAAUAGAGCAAACAGCCUCCCUGCUAGAUGGUGUGUUUGCAUUCAUUUUGCUUGACACAGCAAAUAGAAAAGUGUUUCUGGGAAGAGAUACAUACGGAGUCAGACCGUUGUUCAAGGUCCUGACAGAUGAUGGAUUCCUGGGUGUCUGCUCCGAGGCCAAAGGUAACCUCAAACUCUGAAUCUCUUUUGAAAUUGCCUUCAUGUGGUACAGAUAUUGCUGCAACUUGAUCCUGCCACAAUAAACCUAAUUGUUGAAUCUCUUCUCUUUCUGAAAGAUGUUGCUUCAUCUCACUUUUAUGAAAGUAUGUUUGCCCUGAAUGAAGUAGAGAGUGUCUACUUGACACCUUGUUUUGACCAAAUUUGUGACAGCUUUCAGCAGAAAGAAAACCCAUCCCAGAGAAUCAGUGUGUUUUUUAAAGUACUUGCAGUAAUUAUUUGGUGCCUUGUUUUGGUGCGCACCUUAGCUUUCUCUGUUUGUUUGUUUUAUCCCACAAUAGAAAUAUGUAGGAUGUGAUCAAGUUUAAGAUGGGUGUAAUGGCUUCCAGACCAGUUUUCACUCUGUCUCCCUCUGCCCCCAUCCCUCAAAUUCUUUAUGGUGUGUAUGCAUUUUCUCACUUAGCAGUAUAAAUAAUGGAAGACCCAUCUCUCUGUCCAGCGCCACCCCUACAUGGUUGCACUUAUUCACUCAGCAUAGUGGGAUAUGUCUAGAGAUAAGGAGUUACUCAAAGCCUCCUCUUGCCUGUACUAGCCUAGCACACAGAGUAUCCAUGCACACACACUACAGAGGAUGGAGAUAAGUUUUGCUAUACUCUAUGGCAGAUGUGAUUGGGACGCGGGUGGCGCUGUGGGUAAAACCUCAGCGCCUAGGGCUUGCCGAUCGCAUGGUCGGCGGUUCGAAUCUCCGCGGCGGGGUGAGCUCCCGUCGUUCGGUCCCAGCUCCUGCCCACCUAGCAGUUCAAAAGCACCCUUAAGUGCAAGUAGAUAAAUAGGUACCGCUUUAUAGCGGGAAGUUAAACGGCGUUUCCGUGUGCUGCGCUGGUGCUGGCUCACCAGAGCAGCUUCGUCACGCUGGCCACGUGACCCGGAAGUGUCUCUGGACAGCGCUGGCCCCUGGCCUCUUAAGUGAGAUGGGUGCACAACCCUAGAGUCGGACACGACUGGCACGUAAGGGCAGGGGUACCUUUACCUUUACCUUUAUGGCAGAUGUGAGGAACCAUCGGCCAUCCAGAUGUUGCUGAACUACAACUUUCAUCAUCCCUGGCCUUUGGCCACACUUGCUGAGGCAGAUGGGAGUUGUGGUACAGCAACAUCUGGAAGGCCAAAACUUUCCCUACCCUGGUUCUAUAGAGAUCUCUCUGUGCCUGAGCGUUACACCUGUAGCAAACUGAAUCGAGCUUCUAGUACUAAUAAGAGGAAAAUAUGUGUUUUAUGGCAUCGAAGAGUGUACAGUUUAUUGUGAACAGGCAAGAUUUGUUAGUCUGCAGGUUGUUAAAAAAAUAAGAGAUAAGUUUGCAUGGGCAAUUGUCAAGCUGGCCCAGCAAUUGUCUGCUUAAACCGAAGGGGCAGGAGAGACAGGAGGAAUUCAUUGAGGAGGGAGGCUGCAUGGCAGGGCCGGUUUAGAGAGGGAAGCUAGAAUGUGUUACAUUUCCUUGCUGAGAAGCAGCAGGGGUAUCUGCAUCAGAGCUGAAGGGAGAAAGAGAAAAUCUGAAGCACAAGUGUGAGCUAUUCUAAUACAGGAAAAGCAGAGAGCAGCUCUUCUUCAGCAAGCUGUGCCUGUUGAGGCUGUCCUCAAAACCAGGGCAAUGGAAGGAGGGGGGGUGUUACUGGGGACUCUUGGGGAUCAGCCCCCUGUCUCAUAUGGAUAACAAGGUGCCUCUUGUUGCCAGCAAGCAACCAGAGGAAACGCAAUGAGUGGAGGCUGGGCCAUUGUAAAUACCCCUGAGCCCUGCAUUGCAUGGAGCUAUUGUUGUGACAAAGGGAGCUGUGUGCAUCUCGUGGAGCUCCGGUUGAUCAGAGUAUGAAAACAACAAAGACGAAAGGGAAGCCAUGCCGACUUGAAUUGGCACCAUAUAGGCGAGGGCUGAACCACAAAUAUUUGGGGAAAUAACUCCUUCAGGUUUGGGUCAUGUGAAGAAAGUGGAGGUUGUUUUUUUUUUUUAAUAGAACAUGAGACAGAGGUAUCUAGAAUACUGAGGGACCAAUGCAUCUCAGCUUGUGUGUCACUGGGUUCUGUUUCGGCGAGUUCAGAGGGUACCGUGUACAAAAGUGCAGUGAGGUGCUCUAAUUCCUGGGGAUGGGGAAGAUGCUGUCGGACCCCAUCAGCCCCCAGUCAACAUGGCCCAGUGGUCAGGAACGAUGGGAGUUGGAACGUAGCAACACUGAGAGGGCCACAAGCCUUGACUAAUGAGUGCUGAUUCACUUACUGGAAUUGAUCGUGCCUCCGGCAUGGACUUUUUCCAGCAAGGCUCUCAGCAGGUCGGAUGUGUGCAGGGUUUGAUUAGAUUUGAGGUUGGGCGAGAGAAAGACGUUUGCAUUUACUAGAGUCACCGCACUGAUAUGUGUACUUGUCUCCUUUAUUGAUAGACAAACAAAAACGACAAAUUUGUGUGCCCUCCUUUUGCUUUGCACGUUUCCCUCUUUGUAAGCUGUUCAAAAUACAGUGGUACCUCUGGAUGCGAACGGGAUCGUUUCCAGAGCCCCGUUCGCAUCCUGAAGCGAACGCAACCCACGUCUGCGCGGGUCGCAAUUCGCUGCUUCCGCGCAUGACGUCAUUUUGAGCGUCUGCGUAUGCGCGAGAAGCGAAAUCCGGAAGUAACGCAUUCUGUUACUUCUGGGUUGCCACAGAGCACAACCUGAAAACGCUCAACCCGAAGCUACUUCAACCCGAGGUAUGACUGUAGAUAUAAGUCAUCUGUAGCUGGCCAUGCUGAAAGAGGAGAAAGGGGUAUAUGUGUAAUAGUAGCUUUCAGCAGCCGGGUGCCUUCCAGAUGUUAUGGAUUACAAUUCCCAUAAUCACACUCUCUCUCAUGUUAUAUUAGAUAGAUAGAUAUAGAUAUAGAUAUAGAUAUAUAUAGGGUGUGUGUGUUGCAGUUUGGUCUUGUAGGUGGCUCCUCUAUUUGCAAAGGUUGAAAGCUACUGUCUCCCUAUAUAUUUUUUUCCUAACCUUGUUCUGGCCCAGGGUUAGAUUUGCUUCAUUUCUUAUAAUGCCGUAGUUAGCUGUUACAGUUCUGAAAAUUUCUGAUGCUUUGACAGUGCAUAUUUUAUGUUACAUGGGCAAAAGCUAACACCUCUUCUGCCUUCUCUCCCCCUGUGCCCCACAAUGCCUUGUUACAUAUUUAGGUCUUGUCAACUUGAAGCACAGCAUGUCCCUUGAUCCCAGAGUGGACCCUUUCCUUCCAGGACACUAUGAAGUGUUGGAUUUAAAGCCAAAUGGCAAAGUUGCAUCAGUGGAAGUGGUGAAAUUUCACAGCCCUAAAGAUGAACCUCUGCAUGCUGCCUACAGCGCUGUACAAAAUCUCCCCUCAGGUAACAGCAAAUCUAAAAUAGUCUUCUUCCUCCCUUAGUAAAGGUGUAAAUUUACUGUUCUAGGGAUAUGAUGCCUUGAGGCUUCGUACAUUGCUGUGGGGGAAUAGACUACGGAAUAUCAAGCCUUGAUUAAAUUAUGUGUUUCUGAUGGAGAACUUUAUGUUCUGUCUAAACAGUCUGAUUUCGAAAAGCCAAUGUGUGGGUAGAGUGCUAGGUUCAAAUGCUUGGAAGGUUCUGCUUUAAACAAGUCAUAGUUCCCUGUGACGUGCAAACCCAGGGAACUGCGGCUUGGAAACACGUCACCCUCCAAAUGUUGUUGUUGGCCUACAAGUCUCAUAAUCCUUGACCAUUGGCCACGUCUGAAGCUGAUUGGAGUUGGAGCCCAACAACUUCUUGAGAGCCACAUCACUGGUAUGGAGAGCCAGUAUGGUGUCAUGGAUAAGGACUUGGUCCAGCAUCAGGGAGACCAUGGCUUAGCCAUGAAAGCUCACCUUGGUUGAUGCAGAAAAAGCUUUUGAUAGAGUAUCAUGGAAUUUCCUAUUGGAAACUUUCAAAGGUCUGGACAUAGGGGAGAAAAUAAUUAAUGGAAUUAGGGUGAUAUAUGAUAACCAAAAAGCAAAAUUGUUAAUAAAUAACGAGAUCACCGAAGAGUUCAGCAUCGAAAGGGGGACAAGACAGGGGUGCCCUCUCUCCCCACUUCUUUUUAUUGCCACCUUGGAACCACUUUUAAUAGCAAUAAGAAAGGAUAAAAAUAUAAGAGGAAUUAACCUAGGAACUUGAUACUACAAAAUUAAAGCCUUUGCCGAUGAUGUAAUCGUAACCACUGAAAACCCAGUGGAAAGUAUCCAAAAAACGCUUGAAUCUUAUCAUCUUAACCUACCUUGUAAGAAAAUUAAAAACAGAGGAUGAGGAAUACUUUACAUGCCACCACAAGCUUCUUGGAUAAAAGGUGGAGUAUUAAUAAAUGAAUCUUUUUCUACCCCCCCCAUAGGUUUUGAUGUUGAAACCGUUAAAAGCAACAUUCGGCAUUUGUUUGAAAAUGCUGUCAGAAAACGUUUGAUGGCUCACAGAAGAAUUGGCUGUCUCUUGUCAGGUAAAAAAUAAUGCAUUUUAUGAUUACCGUUGCCUUUCACUAAUACAGCCACAACCUGUUUGUAGUGCAUGUGGUCUCUUACUGUAGGUGCAUGAGUUCCCCCCCUCCCAAUAUAGAAACAAUUUAAUGGAAACCAUUAAACCAGACCAUAAAAUGCAGGCAAUGCUUUUUCUUGGCAAGUAAUUCUGACUGGCAGGUGGCUGGAUACAGCAGAAAGCACAUGACCAAAACUGGAAAAAUCCCUUACCUGACAAUGAGUCAGAAGUUCCAUAGAGGGCUAAGGGCCACACUGACCUAUGAUCAACCUUUCAGGGGCCAAAGUCUAAAAGUGAACAUGGCCAUUUUUUAAAAAGGACACAUCUUGAGGGUCUUGGAGAAAGGCCGCAAAACCUUUUUGACAUCAAGGCAGAGGCUUCAUGGUUAAUUUGAAUUGAGCUUGGAUGUGGGCUGGAAGCCAAUGGAAGCUCUUUGAGCACAAAUGGCUAGCCUGUGGUCUUCCCAGGUAUUGUUGGACUCCAAAUCCCAUCAGCCUCUCCCAAAAUGGCCCACCAUCAGGGAUGUUGGGAAAUGUAGUCCGGAGGGCCACAAUUUAGCCACUUUUGUCUUUGACCAGUGGGAGUGAAGAUUAGGAUAAGGAAGCUGCAACAUAAUGAGAUGCGCACUUUAUGUAUGUAUGUAGGUUUGUUCAGGUUUGAUUGCAGUACACUUUGUCAUGAAAUUCUACUCUAUAUUGAUCCAGAGCGGAACUGCGACGUAUAGUUAGCUGUGUGUAAACUUAAACAUGUUGCAGGAUUCCCCAAAGUAGACCAGAGGCAAUUGUUUUUCAUUCAGCAGAGCUUUACUGCUACUGAAGGCAAAUGAGCAAUAAUGGUCACAAAUCCAAUACAUUUAGGAUUGGCACUGUCUAGUUGCAGCACUUAACUUAGUUAAGUUGUCCAGUAAGAAAUCCAGUUGCAGCAGACUUAACUUAAACUUUUAAUAACUUAUAAUAAGACUAAACCUUAACACUAAGCAUACACCACACCAGAAGGAAAGAGACAGAAAGUGAAAGGGAAACCCAGGAUCAUUUUGGCCCUACUUUUAUAGUCAGCAUGACCUUGACAGAAGAGAUAAGAGAACCAGUUUAAACCAGCUGUACUCAGCUUCUCUGAAGGAAUAACCCAAACAUCACAAACCUUCUGCUUGUUUCUUUCACAUAGAGAAGCUUCCAGAACCCUCUUGAAUGAAUUAGAAUAGGAAAGAUCUCUACACAUCAGAUCAAUAUUUUCUGCACUAAGAAAUGCAAACUGACACACUUUGCUACUGGUGUGGUCCACCUAAAAUACACAUGUUUAUAUUCUCUUCUCACAAGGGCAUUUUGUAUGUCAGCUACAUGUUCCUGGUUAGGCAUAACUGCUAAUGGUGUUUUGACAGGCGGCCUGGAUUCUAGCUUGGUUGCUUCAAUGCUAAUCAAAUUGAUGAAAGAAGGAAACACUCGCUACCCAUUACAAACCUUUGCAAUCGGCAUGGAAGAUGCUCCUGACCUGCUGGCUGCCAGAAAGGUAUAGUACUAUUUUAGUUCAAAAGGCACAGGCUCCACAUUCACCUGUAUGUUGUGAUACACUCUAUAGAGAACCAGCAGCCAUUGUGAUUCAAAAUUGUGUGUGGUUGUACUCAAACAUAGGUGAAAACUUGCUCCUUUAUCUCAGGAUCCAUAUAGAAAUUUUGGUUACAAUAUGUUUGGAAGUGUGUCCAAAUGCACAGCAAACAAACAUCUUUCCAAAAUGUGUAGUAGAUGAUACUGAGCCCAGGAUACAUCAUGUUGAGAAUCUAGACUUUUUAAAAUGAGCAAGUUUGUAGCCCACUACACUGAAGGCAUGAUUCCUUCUUGAUGUGAGCUGGGCUUCUGAUCUAUGGGUGAUUCACUAAUCGUGCUGCCCCAGGUGAUCUCAAUGAUAGACCUGGGACAUAGGAGAGUAAGGCUGUUGUUAAGGUAUCCUGAGCCUAAGUUGUUCAUGCCUUCAUACAGUUAGAUUCAGGAUAGGAAAAACAGAGAGCUUCUUCACACAAUGCAUAAUUUAAUUGAUGGAACUCACUGCCACAAGAUGUGGUGAUGGUCUUUUUUAAAAAUGAGGAUUAGACACAUUUGUGGAGGCUAGCCAAUUAAACAUGAAACCUCCAUCUUCAGAAGAUACCACUGAAUGACAUUCGCAGGAAGGCGGCUUUAAUGCCCUGCCUGUGAGCGUCUCAGAAAUAUAUAGUUGGCCAUCCUGGGAUGCUGGACUACAAAGGCCUUUUGGUUGGAUCCUGCAGGGCUUUUCUUUUUGCACUAGCGCUUUGCAUAGCUCAUUGCUCUACCCCAUAACUAGCAGAAGCAAAUUAUAGUGUACAUAAUUAAAUAGGUUGGUUUGCAAAAGAAAAUUAGUGGAAUUCGGCAUUUCUUGACCUGGUUUUGAGAUUAUUUGGGGGUGUAGAUUUUUUUUUUAAAGAAAUAAAUAGAUUGGUGUAUAUACAGUUGUACCUCGGAAGUCAAACGCCUUGCGCCUCGAACGUUUUGGCUCCAGAAUGCCGCAAACCUGGAAGUGGGUAUUCCAGUUUGUGAACAUUAUUUGGAAUCCGAACAUCCGGCACAGCUUCCAUGGCUUCUGAUUGGCUGCAGGAACUUCCUGCAGCCAAUCAGAAGCUGCACCUUGGUUUCCGAACAUUUUGGAAGCCUAACGGACUUCCGGAACGGAUUCCGUUCAACUUCCGAGGUACGACUGUGCUGCCUUGCCUAACCAUAAGCUUCUGCUUCAUUCUAGAUGCAGCUUAGCUUUGGCCUUGAAUCCCAGUUGAGCCGCUUCGCAGGUCACUUAAUAUAAAUUCUUAUUAACAGGUAGCAGCUUACAUUGGGAGUGAACAUCAUGAGGUCAUUUUUAAUUCUGAAGAAGGUAUUCAGGUACUAGAAGACGUUAUACUUUCCUUGGAAACCUACGACAUUACAACUGUACGAGCUUCAGUGGGUAAGAGACAUAUUUCCCCCCCUUGUAUUUCUUCCCCUGAGGGGAAGGUGCUGUUGAAGCAGAUCAUUCCUCCAUCCUUACAGGCCCAUUUUGACGCAUGGGCGGGGUUUCCCAACUGUCAGUCACCUGAUGUCCCCCCGCCAGGAUGGGCCUUCCAUUCCUGCUAUAAAGUGAAGCUUACAAAGAUACGAGUGCCUGUCUUUCUCUCUGAAAUGCCUUUGACUUUCCACUUCUUCAGACAAUACUGCUUAAGUGGCAUGUUAGGGGAAGCCUUGGCCUGAGGAUGUAGUUUGGGAAAACAAACAAAAUUGUUAUUUGAAAUGGUCUCUCCAUGAUUAGGCAUGUAUCUGGUCUCCAAAUAUAUACGGGAGAAAACGGACAGCGCCGUCAUUUUCUCAGGAGAAGGCUCAGAUGAGUUGACGCAAGGAUACAUCUAUUUUCAUAAGGUAAAAUGCUUGUUGUGUUUCUCAAAUAAUGCUCAUUCUUGCCUGUGGAUGAACACACCACAAUAAGCGAGUAAAAGGCGAAAGAUCUAUACGAUCUGAGGUGAAACCAGAGUACACCUGAAGGUGUAUAAUGAAGGCGCCAGGUGAACUUCCCUGGGGAGAGCAUUCCACAGACGGGGAGCCACAGCAGAGAAGGCCCUGCUAGGGAUGAUGGGAGUUGUAGUCCAAAAACAGCUGGAGACCCAAGUUUGGGAAACACAGGUGUACACGGACUGGCAGCACCUCUCUGCCUAGUGCUCUCCUAGCUCUGCCUGAAAAUGCCAGGGAUUGGAUCUGGAGCUUUCUGCAUACAAGGCAACUUCUGUGCUACUGAAGUCACAUCCAUAGCAUCCAUUUAAAGCACACAACUUUCCCCCAAAGAAUUCUGGGGACUAUAGUCUGUUAAGGGUGCUGGGAAUUGUAGCUCUGUGCAGGGUAAGUUACAGUUUCCAGGAUUCUUUGGUGGAAGCCAUGUGUUUUAAAUGGACGCUGCAGCCCUGUGUCCUCUGCUGAUUUAUGUCUGCAUGUGUUAGCCCAAGUUACUUGCCCAGGAAGGUCAUCUUUCUCCUGUGUCCUUGAUGUAGGCACCCAGCCCAGAAGAAGCUGCAGAGGAAAGUGAGAGGCUCCUCCGAGAACUCUACCUCUUCGAUGUCCUCCGAGCGGACAGGACAACGGCUGCCCAUGGGUAGUUCUGCUUUGUAAUGCUAUAUUGCAGUGUCAAUGGGGCAAAAUGCAUUGCCAUUGCUUCUAAGGUAGACGUCAAACUUGGGGUACCUUUUAGUUUUUCAGUAAUCCGCAACGAGUCUCCAGGAAGAACCAAAAACAAACUACAGUCCCUAUUUAAAGUUAAAUUGAAAUCAGUUCUUUAACACUGAUUCUCUAUGGUGGUUUGGGGUUUUUCCGAGAAAGAGACGAGAGACCCUGUUGUCCGGUAGGUGGCGCUGUCUAUAACCUAGCACAGUGAGAAGAUUUUGAAAUGUAUAGACGUCGCACAAGGAAAAAUACUACAUUUAGAGCUCUGUGCAAGUGUCUGACUACAAACGGCUUUAGGAUUUCUUAGUUGUUACUGUAAGUCUCUUAGAUAUAUUCUCGUACAAAAACAACAUCUACUUAUAAGUUUGAUAAGUAGCUAUUGAUGUUUUCUCUUUUUCAGUCUGGAAAUGAGAGUUCCAUUUUUGGACCACCAGUUUACUGCUUAUUACCUGUCUUUGCCAGCAGAACUCAGAACACCAAAGGUAAACUAUGCACAUAUAACCCAGCUAGGAAAUUUAUACUGUAAUCCCAGACAGGUUUACUGAGAGGUUAGCCCUAUUAAAUUCAGCGAGGCUCCUUCCUUAUUAAGUAUUUUUAGAAAUUCAGGCUUAGGCUAUGAUCGCCAGUGGGCUCAUUGAUGAAAGGUUGAGUCUCACCUGGGAGAUCUAUUUAGAAUUCCAGCUUAAUACACCAAACCAUAUGAUUGACUUUGGCAUUUACCUCUCUAACUUCAUUCUUAAAAUGCUGUGUUGUGUCUGGCACUGUCUAACGGAGCUGCUUCUGAAACAACAGAUUGUGUUUCUAGUCUAAAUCUUUUUUAUAUUUUUAAUGUCAGUCUUUUGUUGGCUGAUAUUUGUGGUAUCUCUUAACAGAAUGGAAUUGAGAAACACCUUUUAAGAGAGGCCUUUGAAGAUACCAAUUUAUUGCCUAAAGAAAUACUCUGGAGACCCAAAGAAGCCUUCAGUGAUGGCUUAACUUCUGUCAAGAAAUCAUGGUUCUCAAUCCUCCAAGACUAUAUUGAUACUCAGGUACACUGUUACAUGUUUUAUAUUCUUCUACAAGUCUGAAACUUAUAGAAGUUGCUUUUUUUGUCUUUCAAGUGAGUCCACAUAUUUAUACAGGUGACUCUCCAUUUAUGUGGGGGUUACGUUAUGCCCCCAUAAGUGAAAUCCACAUAAAUGGGGAACACCUCGCUGUGCCUACAGCUCGCGAGGAGACCCUCUUUGGAGCCUGAAGGAGACACCCUCUUUUGGCUCUGGAGAGGGUCUUCUCACAAGCUGGAGGGGCAGCAGGGCUUUGCUGAGAUGCUUCAGGUCUCUCCCCCCACUUCGAGGGGUUGGUGGUUCUGGGGCCAAAACAUAGACCAGAGGCAAUUGUACUUCAUCCAGCAGAGCUUUAGUGCUACUGAAGGCAAUUGAGCAUAAGGUUCACAAAUCCAAUACAUUCAGGAUUGGCAGAGUCCAUAAGAAAUCCAGUUGCAGCAGACUUAAUUUAAACUUACAGUAAGGAAGUGGCUCCCGCCCUGUGGAAUGCCCUCCCAUCAGAUGUCAAAGAGAUAAACAACUAUCUGAUGUUUAGAAGACAUCUGAAGGCAGCCCUGUUUAGGGGAAUUUUUAAUGACUGAUGUUUUAAUGUAUUUUUUUAUCUUUGUUGGAAGCCGCCCAGAGUGGCUGGGGAAACCCAGUCAGAUGGGCGGGGUAUAAAUAAUAAAUUAUUAUUGUUGUUGUUAUUAUAACUUAUAAUAAGACUAAACCUUAACACUAUAUCAUACAGAACACCACACCAGAACAAAGAGAUAGAAAGAGAAAGUGAGAAACCCGGGCUCCUCCUGGCCUGACUAUUAUAGUCAGCAUGACCUUGACAGAAAGGAUAACAGAACCAGUUUAAACCAACUGUACUCAGCUUCCCAGAAGGAAUAACCCAAACAUCAGAAACCUUCUGCCUGUUUCUUACACAUGGAAAGAAACCUUCCAUAACACUCUUGAACUCAGUAGAAUAGGAAAGAUCUCUACACAUCAGAUCAAUACUUUCUGUACUAAGAAACACAUUUGAAUUGAAUGUGUGUAGAUUGGGGUGGUGGUGCUUGUAUAUCACUCUGUACAUUGCAUACCACCCUGACUUCCAAACAGGUAUGACUUCUCCCAUUUUAUCCCUGCAACAACUGUGUGAGGUAGUUAGUCUGGGAGAUAGCAACUGGGCCAAGUCACUUGCUGAGAGCUCUAUAACUGAGGAGGGAUUUGAACCCAGCUCCAAACCCCCAUGUUUGCUUAAAAACUGCUAAACUAGCACUCUUACACUUGUGAAUGAAAAUGCAGAUGUGUCAAUCACUUGUAAGAUUACACCCAAGGAUGCUUCCCUCAGCUGCAGUGCUGAGACAUCUGCACUGUGGCUUAUCCAUGGCCUGUUGUGUUAAAGAAUUUAAAUCAGGGGUGGGGAACCUGUGGACCUUGAGUAGUUGUUGGCCUCCAAAACCGAUAAUUGUCAAUGUUCAGAGAUGAUGGGAGUUGGGCUUCAGCAGUUUCUGGAGGGCCACAGGUUCCCCAUCCUUUUCACAAGUGAAGAUCGAUCGGAUCUUGCUUUGCUGGCAGGCAACUUUUAUACUGGCAGCCUCUCAUACCCAGUGUUACUUGGGAGUUCUAAAAAACCAAAAGUUCAGUGCAGUUUUGAAAGUUCCAAGCCACCAUCUUGAUUCAAGAUGGUGUCCUGUUGUAUCCAGACAUAGGCGAAAGUUUCCUCCUUGAUCUCAGGAAUCCCUCAUGCAAAAUUGAGUUACAAUAUCUUCAGAGGUGUCCAAAUGCAUUUCAAACAAGCAGAUUUUCCAAAAUAUGUAACAGAUCUGUCAGGAAAACAUGGACUGAUUUGGGCAGGGGGAGUCAUAAACUUGGAUAGCUAGUCAAAAACUGGGAUUUAUGUUUGCAGUUCUCACGGUUUCCAUUUUCUUUCCCUUUUGUGCCCAUAGGUUGAUGAUCUUCUGCUGGAGAAGGCGGCGGAGAAAUUUCCCUUCAACCCCCCUAAAACAAAAGAAGGCUAUUACUACCGCCAGAUCUUUGAGAAGCAUUUUCCAGGCCGCUCCGACUGGCUCCCUCACUACUGGAUGCCGAAGUGGAUCAAGGCCACAGAUCCAUCUGCUCGCACUUUGAAACAUUACAAAUCGGCUACGAAAGAAUAG